AAGGCAGCCUCCCCCUUGUCCCCGCCCCCAAAUACCCUUCCGAGAGGACACCGGCGACCUUCCAGAGGUGGGGAGAAGGAACCUUCAAGCUCCCUGCCCCUCUUCAGCGUUUCCAUCUGAAGGUUUCAGCGAUCUCACCUGCCCACCACCUGCUGCGCUUCCCGAGGCGGCCGCCGCCGCCGCCGCCACCAGCAGGCCCCAGAGGCCAAGCCGCCGCCGCCGCCGCUGAUCCCGGCAACCCGCGUGAGUGCUUGGAGACAGAGCAUGCGCAGCUUUCGGUUGGCGUCGAAUCCGCGGUUAUUCCUCUUCUCCGGGUUUUAGGUGAAGCUCUCACCAAACGAAAGAGGUAUAUUAGGGGACAGUGACCAGAAAGAACAAGGAGGCCUGUGGAGGUAGAAUUUACUCAGUGUCAAUCUCAGCAGCUUGUUGAAUCUGAAAAAUUUAAAUAAUGUAUCAAAUGGGCUUGUUAGGGCACAACACCUGCCUUAUAGUCAGUGAUCAAGAGGUAUUUGUUGAAUUAAUCAAAGACUGGCCAACCAUCGGUGGAGCGCGCCGUCCGCCAAGACUUGACCAAUCACAAAGCCUCUGAUUUCGUCGCUCCGCGCCAAUUCCCCGCCUUUCCUUUCGGCUGCCUCCAAAUUCAGGAGCAAAGGACUAAGCUGCCGUAAUUUCCCUGGAUCGGGUUGGAGAGCGGACAUGCGCAGUACAAGCUGAUCGCACUAAUAAGCUUCUGCCCGCACUUCGUCCCGUGAGGGCUUACAGAGAGGUUGGAAGCUUUCUAACUCAGUUCCCUUCACGAAUUAGAUAAUUUCCGCGUUAUUUUCUCAUCCUGCUUGAUGGUGCCAGGAAACAAUUUUUAUUCUCCUGUAUCAUUCAAAAUAAUUAUGGAGGAAGUUAUGUUUAAACAUGACUAUUUUAAUUAAAUUUACCCGGCAUUGUGAAAGCCGCUUUUACGUACGAUUCAAUCUGCUUUCCCUAUGAUCCUCCGCAUUGAAAAUAUUUUCCAACCUUGUGCUAGUAAUUUUCCGGCGUCCAUAAGCACUUCAUAGCACGGAAAUGUUAUUUUUUCUGCCUCUCGAUGACUCAGGUGUCUACUAUUGUGGGCAACCGAGAUUCGCAGAUAUGCCAAUCACAUUCAUUGCGUUGCCAGCCUCUAAGUAACCAGCCUUUGCCGCCAUUUUUGUUUGGGGCUCACCUUGAAAGCCGGGAAAUCGUGAACCGAAGCCAUUUUUCUUUUGGGCAGAUUUCUUGCGUAAUCCAGGCCUCUCACCUAGUGUUUCGUCGCCAUCUUAAAUCCUGGUUGUGGCUUCAAGCCGGACGCGAAGCUGCUAAGACCAUCUUGCAUUUGGGCAGCAGCUGCGUGCUUAAACACACUGGGCGAUGCCGGGAAGGGGAAGUAAACGUGAAGCGCGAAUCCCCAAAGUUUCUGAAGCUGGGCUGGGGGGAGACCCUGCUUCCUGUGUUAGUUUUCAUGACCAGGUACUACUCCACCAGUGACCCUGGACAGUAACAAAACAAAUAAAAGCCUGAACCCAGUCCCGCCACCAUCGUAGGUUUGUGAUUAUUGCAGAAUCACUAAGCCAUGGCAUCAAAGAAAUUUGCUGUUAAAUGUGGGAAUUUUGCUGUCCUGGUGGAUCUUCAUGUAUCACCUCAAGGGUCCAACAACGAUACCAGCUGGUUUUCUGAACAGAAGAAAGAGGAAGUCUGUUUACUGCUCAAAGAAACCAUUGAUUCAAGAGUUAAGGAGCACUUGGAAGUUUGUAAACACCACUGGCCGUCAAAUACAGAAUUCACAAGAUCCAGUCCCUUGUCCUUAAAAGGUUAUGGCUUUCAGAUCACAGCCUAUUUCCUCAAGAGAGGGAUACGCCUCCGCUGCAUCGGGGGCUCACGGCAUGGAGAGCUCCGUGUAUUUCCCGACAGAUUUGUGGUCUGUGUCAGUCAGCUUGCAUUUAAUCAGGAUCUUUUGGCAAGUCAGAAUAAAGAAUUGUCGACAGAAAGACCCCUUCGUGGAAUGUCUGAUUAUUUUGCUGCAUGUGUGGAGAGUCCACUUCUUCCCAAUGCAAAGCGUAGAAGAAAUGCGCUGAAAGAAAUAGUGAAAAGAACAGAGACAAAGCAGCAGCAGUGUGAGCAAGUCACAGACCAGCAGGGACAUUGUGGGAACAUCAGCGACUGAGUGAUUGCAGAGAUAGCAGGGAGGAGGGAUGAUGAAAGUCCCUCGUUGGAAUCCACGGGACAAGCAAAGCAUUACAUAAAGGCAGCUGAGAGCCACUGGGGACUUCCUGUUCAAAAGCUGGAAAAUGUUAAUCAGACCCAGCCAGAAGAUACUAGCAGCCAGCAAAAACCUCAUCCUGGGGAGCGGUUGAAGACAGAGCUUCGAAGUGGGAGCCCUGUCUGUAGCUGUGAGUCAGCAUCGCCAGGUCCAAAACAAAGUCCACGAGUGGCCAAAACACAACAGAAACCCAGGAACUGCGACUUUGCAGAAGACUUUGACCACCACAAGAGAGUUUCUCUUGGAAGUAAUCAAUUAGUCCCAAGAAAAAUAGUAGUGGAAAAAAAAAGCAAAAGCAAAGCUGCCAGGUUUUGGCUGUCCUUAGAGCUGUCAGAUUGGGGGUUUCUUUUGAAAAAAGAUUUGGCAAAAAUCACGUCUAAUGAAGAAUUACAUGUUUUGGAAAAUCUCUCCUCCAGACCACUUAGGAAAGAAAAUAACCCAGGGCAGGCACGGCAAACCAGCUCAGCCACAAACACAGAUUAUCUGCAAUGCCUCUAUCCACUCACUUAGAAAUGAACUGCAGACGUUCAGGGCAGCCCAACCGAGAAAAGAAAGAAAUACAAAAGAGGCCAUUAAUACUAGAGAGGAUUGCAAAGUCGUGGUUAGGGACAUGGAGGCCUGACCUGUGAAAGGAGAGCAGCGUGUAUAUAUGGUAUGAUUUGAAAGGAAUUAGAAUGAUUAUUUUAAAUAGAAAAGGUCUUUCUGUGUUAGGGUUAGCUUUCAAAGCAUCACCUUGGGUGGUUGUAUGCUUGCUCCUUUUUCAUCCUGCUUUUUCACUGUCUUCAGAAAAGUGUCUUGAUGGUAAAGAAAGAGCGGUGGACCUUGUUGGUGAUUCCACCUGUUUGUAUGAAAAAGCCAACCAGCUGCCUCUGCAGCAGUUCUCUCUGCAGACCCUGCGGUGGUUCAUGGAAAGAGUGCCACGACACUGCAGCUCAAUUCUGGGGCCACAGUUUACCCUCCUGCUCCUCAGCCUGAGGAUGUGGUGAUCCUGGUGCAUGCACAAGUUUAAGAACCCUGGAACCAUUUGGAGACUCUCUAGUGUUUAUUACCUCUAGUUCAUCAGCUGGGGCCCAUGUGUGGACGUGUGCACUCUCGGGCUCCCUUAAACCUCUAAACCACCUGGGGUUCAGCAUAUGAGUCACUCUCUUCCCAGAUUCUACAGCAAGGUGGCCCCUGUACCCAGGGGGCUGUUACGUAACCUAAAAAAUUGCCAGAAGUUUGUGGAUAAUUGGGCCCAGAGUUAAGGGAGGACAAGGGAGGGGAUGGCCCUUGCCCUUGCUUAUAGAUCAGGCAUAUCCCUGUCCCUGCCCUUCCCCCCAACCCCCCACCCCCACCCUGCCUCCAAGGUUCAGAAUUGUCCAGGGCCCGUUUCUCAGUUGGAAGAUUUCAAAGGCAGUUUAAAUUCCAAAACAGGAGAUUUCCAUUUGCAGUGUCACCCACUCAUAUCUCCAGUGGGCUUGCUAAAAUUCAUAUAGUGAAUCAUAGCAAUGACUUAUUUUGGAUGGACAACUACUUAAGACUUUCUUAACCUAAGUUCAUUCUAAAAUAGGAAACUGUUUUCAGAGGCCACCCAUCAACUGUAUCUUCUUUUCUGCUCAACAGUGGGUGGUCGUUUGCAGAAGUGCCACUCCUAGUAAUAAGGGAAAUCUCAUAUAUUCCUAAAAAUUUUGGCGUUAGGAGAAAAAUAACCUGCCCCCAAAGCCCAACAAAAUAAAAGAAUAUGGAAAUAGGCACAGUGUAGGUUCGUGCUGGAGACUAAUUGGUGGUUUCUUCCACCUCCUUCUGUCCAGACUUCCUCAUGUCUCCUCUCCCCACGUAUACUAUAGGGUGAAACUCAUUAGAAACCACCUACUUCAUGGCACCAUUUUGGACCAUAAAACUCAGUUGUGGUCACCAAGCCUGGCCAUGGAUAUAGGUGCUAUUACCUAGACGUUCCAAACCCUGCCUGGAAAUCUGUCUCCUUCCUGCAGUCAGGCUUAGAAACUUCCUGAAAAAGUGGGGGAGCAUCAAUUUCCAUGGCCUAUCAUGGGCCCCCCUCAUUGGUGUGCUAACCACUAAGACGGUGUGUCAUCAAAUCUUCUUAAACAGCUCUAAGAACAGUUUAAACGGAGGGCGCAAAUAAUAAUCCAGUUGAUAGGCCAGGAAACGCUAAGUUCCCUGGAAGGUUCUAGAACGAAAAAGACAUCCAUACCAGAAUACUAGCUGCCUCCUGCCCCAGAGCUCAGAGGAGGUGUUUGAAUAGGAGCCACCGGAGAAAGUUUUGACUGAGAAGGAAAAGAGGAAAAGGGAGGAAUGACUAAGAAGUCUUUCCUGUUCAUUAGUUUGCCUAAGUCUGAGGUUAAAGCCAGUACUUGUACUUUUCAUGGCUUUCUUUCAAGAAAGUCUUGGCUUUAGAGUUUUGGUAUAUUUGGGGAAAUCGCAAUUCCUGUUAUCUAAGAGGGAAAGUAGCCACUUUGAUUGUGAGAUAGAUGUGUUCUUUCGCACAGCCGACAUGUUUGUGGGAUUUUAAACAAGGGAUGAACUAAGGAGCAGCUUUCAGCCCCCGCCCAGUGGCAUGCUUUUGAGGAAUUUCGCCUUUAAACGUUUUCCUUCCACAUAUCUGAAACACCCCUGGAUCUCUUGUUUCUUGAGUGGUUGUGUGAUUUUUUUGGAUAUUUGGAAGUACAAAGGGGAAAAAUGGAUGCAAGUUUUUUUUGUUGCUUAUUAGGUGAGAAAUGAAGGGCUCUCUCUCUCCUGUUAAGAAUGAUAUGUGUUUUGAUUCUCUUAAUAAUCUUAACAAUUCAGCAUCUGAAAAUCUGAGACCCUGUCAGUAUUCUUGGUCAAAAAGAACAAGUUCUCCAGCCACUUACUUAAUACCCCAAAUUAAAUUUAUUUUCAGGUCCCCCUGACUCUGAGGCCUAGAGGAGAUGUUGAGCUGAUUUGAUUGAUAUGACAUCAAAAUCCCUAAUUUUCUCGGUGUCAUGGUUUCUAAGCCACCUGCAUGUGCUUUCAAAUGACUGAAUAGAUGGAUGUUGGGGUUUUUUUUUUAAUAUAUAUUCAUAAACAAGAAAUGUCUGGAAAUAAUCCGUGAGGUUUUUCUUAUACAUUUUUUUUUUCUUUGCCGCUGGAGGCUGUCAUCCAGAUAUGUGUAUAAAUUGUUAAAUGCAAAGGAGCAAACAUUUGGUGGGGGGGGGGGGAUGUGUGUACGGUUUCUUGUUCAUUUAUUCUAAUACUAAAGAAAUAUGGAAACUAUUUCAGUUUAUAAAAGGCAAGAGUCAUAAAAACCCUUUGUAUUUCGUUUUCUGAAGAAGAUAACUUCUCUGUGAAUGAUGUAUCUCAAUAUAUAUCUUGGGCAACAAUGGGAUCACAGGCCCAUGGUUUCCUUUUGGUGACAGAUUUGGAUUUUAGCAUGGAUUGUUGUGCAUCAUUGGCGGCCUUUGAUUCAGAAGGAGCUUGGUGAGGGCAGAGCACAUAAAGGGAAGGAAAGUCCUGUGCCCAGGAGAAGGGCCUGGGAUCCCAGUGUCGUGACUCCCAAUUUCCUUGAAUUCCUUCUUGGCAGGGCCCACAGUAAAAUUUCCACGUCAUUUCCUUUUGAGGUAAAAAGUGGCUUUCCUGGGUGCCCCACGUUUCUCUGUUCAACAUGCUUUGACUUGAAUAUGGAAACCAUUUUAUGUUCCUCUUUUCUCUUAAGAGGAAAUUUCCAAGCUCAGUUUGUCAAGACAGGAGAGAUCAUUCUUGUUGAAACACUAAUGAAUUGAAACAUGUCGGAGCAAGUAAAAAAUCAAAAUUAGGCUGAUUUCUUUUAAAUUGGCUUCCUUAAUACAAAAUAAAUUUAGCACCAUAAAAUGAAGUUAAUUCAGGUAAUUGCUAAGUACAGAAGCCUGGCCAUAUGUAUCACUGGAUAUUACUAUUUAAGGUCAUAAUUCAAUUCUCAGAAAUCUGCAGAACUCCCUCUAAUUUUGGUUUCUGUAUUUACUUAACAAGCCAGGGAACAAAUGCAUGUCUUUGUGGCUGAAUAGAGGGUCUCAAAUGAAUGAAAUUAUCUUUAUUGUCUGGAACCACUCAGUAUUGGGCUGAAUUUAAUCACAUUCAAAUAAGUUUUAUUAUGCAGCAUGCUAUUAUCAUGUGUUACUUUAUAAUUGCUGUGACAGUUCCUUAUUGGAAAUCUUGAUUCUUUGCUUAAACAAAAAUCAAUAAAAUCAUACAUCUGACCUAAAAGCAUCUGAGCAGGCAACUGAAGGUGUGAAUUUGACAGAUCCCCAGAAUAACAAAGUCAAGCAUUGUGGUAAUCACCAGGGGAGCUCUUUCAUUCCCCAUUGGCCUUCUUUCUCUCUUUAAAUAGUUUAAAUACUUGCACAUGCCUAGGGCAUGAAACUUUUAUGUAAUGGAAAUGAACCUGUUUUGUGGAUUUUAAAAACCAAAAUUGUUGUAAAAAAUUAAUGUGUGUCUCUUUUGUUCUUCAAAACAAGUGAAUUAACCCCAAGGAACAUACAUCCCCAAAGCCCUUUUCUAAACAUGCUGUUUAAAAUUACGUUCUAUUUGUAAGAAAUGUUUCCCUCCUUAAAGCAAUUCUUAGGUUUUGAAUACUUUGCUAAAAUAAAGUAGCUUUACAUUUGAGCCAUCGAAUUGAAAAAUACAGGUAUGGAAAGCCCAGUGUGUAGCAUUGUGAUUAAACUGCCCCCUCAAGGUUCUGGGGUGCUCCUUAAAAUGUGGAUAUGUUCCCACUUCUCCCAAUUGUGAGCUAAGAUAGACCUCUCGUGAGUGGUUAAAGCGUGUGACCUCAACUCCUUUUCUGAGAAUCUUGACGUUUCCCACGUGGGUUCAUGUUCAUGUCCAAAGUUGACUAGUCCUUAUAUAGCACAGAUAAAGUCCUGCGCUGAC